AUGGAUUUCCUCACAGAGUAUGUUUACAAUGAGACUUACUACGACAAUGGAACAGAGGCAUUCAAUGUCACCGAGUGUGAAGCCAAACCCCAGUACAACUACUACGCCAUGCUUCUGACGCUUCUCAUCUUUGUAAUCGUCUUCGGCAAUGUGCUGGUGUGCAUGGCCGUCUCCAGGGAGAAAGCCCUGCAGACAACCACCAACUAUCUGAUCGUGAGUCUGGCUGUAGCUGACCUACUGGUGGCUACGCUGGUCAUGCCCUGGGUAGUUUACCUGGAGGUGGUUGGAGAGUGGCGGUUUAGUAAAAUCCACUGUGACAUCUUUGUCACACUGGAUGUCAUGAUGUGCACUGCCAGCAUUCUUAAUCUGUGUGCUAUUAGUAUUGACAGGUACACAGCGGUUGCCAUGCCGAUGUUGUAUAACACACGCUACAGCUCCAAGCGACGUGUCACAGUAAUGAUCUCAGUGGUUUGGAUUUUGUCUUUUGCAAUAUCCUGCCCCCUGUUGUUUGGGUUGAAUAACACAGCAACACGAGAUGGUGCAGUGUGCGAAAUAGCCAACCCGGCUUUCGUGGUCUACUCCUCUAUCAUGUCCUUCUACGUGCCCUUUAUCAUCACUCUGCUCGUCUACGUGCAGAUUUACGUGGUCCUCCGGAAACGCCAGAAACGGGUCAACACCAAACGCAGCUGCCAGAGGACGGACGUCGAUACGCACACCCCUCUGAAGGAGAAAUGUACUCACCCAGAGGAUGUCAAACUGUGCACGGUGAUUGUGAAGACUAAUGGGAAUUUACCCGUCAAAAACAAGAAAACCCUUCUGAUAAAGGAGGUGCAGCACCAGUGCAGUGAUGUAGAAAUGGAUCCCAUGACAAGUACCAGUCCUCCAGAGAAGAAAAGGCUGGCAUCCACAGCAGCUGGCAACCUGUUAGCAAACCCAUGCCCGAGCAAUGCCCCUCCCUCUCAGACCGAGUGCCAGGCCAACGGAGACGAGAAGAAUGGGCACACCAAGGAAGUCCAGACCCCCAAAGGGGCCAAAGCCUUUGAAACCCAAGCCUUACCCAACGGCAAGACCCGUACCACGGUUACCAAGACAAUGAGCAAGAGGAAGAUUUCUCAACAUAAAGAAAAGAAGGCCACUCAGAUGUUAGCCAUCGUUCUAGGUGUUUUCAUUAUAUGCUGGUUGCCCUUCUUCAUCACGCACAUUUUGAAGACACAUUGCACAAACUGCUUUGUACCUCUGGAAAUGUAUAACGCCUUCACGUGGCUAGGCUACGUGAACAGCGCCGUGAAUCCCAUCAUAUACACCACCUUCAACGUGGAGUUCAGAAAAGCUUUCAUAAAGAUAUUGCACUGCUGA